AGUUUCAACUUCCACCUUUAAGCAUCUGGCAAAGAGUUUGACCUCGUGAGAAGCAGUCUUAGGUAGGAAUUAUAACUAAAGCUGAAUCAGUCGAAACGAGAAACCAGUUCGUCGCCAUGAUUCCUAGUUCACUCAUGUUCAAAGCGUUCCUUCUUGGUAUUCUAUGCUCUCUGGGAAGUGGGAGGCAAACUCGUGCGUGUUCAGUUCCUUACAUCCAUGAAAAGAGAGGAAACGAGAAAAAUGUCAUCAACGUUAACAGCGGGAAAGAUGUGAAACUCAUUUGCAAUAUCAGAACUACUGGUCAGACAUCAAAACCAGUGUAUUACUGGCUCAAAGACAAUCAGGUGCUCAUCUUAUCAGAUCAUCACCGUAUGAGAUUAAAACCAUACAGAUACCUAGGGAUAACAAGUGCGAAGAAAAAGGACAGCGGCAUAUACAUCUGUGGUGCGGUGAACAACUGCGGCUGGAAUACCUAUACAAUGCAGCUGUUUGUGGGAAGUCCAGCACUGGAUCCCAACAAAAUUACACUUGGAGUUAAGACAGAUGUACUUUCAUUUCUAAUCAGAAGAAAACAAUGAAAGAUGAAUGUAAAAGCAAUUUAGUUGAUACAAG